AUGCAAAGGAACUGCGAGGCUUCCUUAAAAUGCCUCCACAACAAGGGAUUCCCUUACAACCUCCAAUGUAAUGGGAAUCCCAUCGAAGGAUUUGCAGAGCAUAAAGAUGAUAUUAGUACUCACCCAGGUGGGGAUGUUGCUGAGCCAGACCGUCCUGUGGGCGGUGAAUUUCUUGAACCUCCAACUGAAUGUCACAACAAACCUACCUACCAUCAUGAUUUUGGAUACUGGUCAACCUUCCAUUUUGAUUCUCAAAAGGUGCAACAGUGCCAGAUAAAUGCUUUUGAGAGCCAGUUUCAUCCCUUUCCCGUGGAAAAUCGAUUUAACUAUGUCCCACUCAAUAUGUUUGCUCAAAGUUACCCAAAUGAGUUCCAGUUCCAAGAUUUUCAGUAUUUUGUGGUAAUAGACUUUGAGGCUACCUGCGAUAAGGAUAGAAAUCCCCAUCCUCAAGAGAUAAUCGAGUUUCCAUCUGUGAUAGUGAGUAGUGUGACAGGCCAACUGGAAGCAUGUUUUCAGACUUAUGUGCGGCCAACCUGCAACCAGCUCCUGAGUGAUUUCUGCAAGGAUCUGACAGGAAUCCAGCAAAUUCAGGUGGAUAGAGGAGUUACCUUAAGCGAGGCCCUUCUUAGGCAUGACAAAUGGCUUGAGAAGAAGGGAAUAAAGAACACCAACUUUGCUGUUGUGACAUGGUCAAACUGGGACUGUAGGGUCAUGUUGGAAUCUGAGUGUCGAUUCAAGAAAAUUCGAAAGCCUCCUUAUUUUAACAGAUGGAUCAACUUAAAGGUUCCUUUCCGUGAGGUUUUCGGUGGUGUUAGGUGCAACCUGAAGGAGGCAGUUCAAAUGGCAGGCUUGGCAUGGCAGGGCCGUGCUCACUGUGGCCUGGAUGAUGCGAAAAACACUGCUCGCCUACUCUCUCUUCUUAUGCGUAGGGGCUUCAGAUUCGCCAUUACAAACUCUUUGGUGUGGCAGACUGCUGAUCGCCCAUUGACAUUGAAGCAAUCCUCAGAGCACCUGUCACUGCCACAUCACCCCCUGAAACUGAAGGAUAUGAGUAUUCCUCUGUUCCAGUAUCAUCACCCAAUCUGUUUCUGUGGGGUGAAGAGCAGCAGAGGUAUGGUUCGGAAGCCAGGUCCAAAGCAAGGGAGCUUCUUCUUUGGCUGUGGGAACUGGACCGCCACUAGAGGUGCCCGCUGCCAUUACUUUGAAUGGUCUUCUCCAUGA